GGUUCUCCAGCUCUCACUCUGAUGGAUCUGCAGUUCAGCUUCAGUCUGGUUCUGCUCACCAGCACAGCUUCACUCCUCCCACAACCAUGUCCAGUUCUCCCAGUCACACCAGUAUAAGCCGCCUGCGCUCGGAGGGAAAGCUCUGCGACGUGGUGCUCAGAGCCGACGGCGUGAACUUCAGCGCUCACAAAAUCCUCCUGUGUGGUUCCAGCUCCUACUUCACGUCUCUCUUCACCUCCGGCUGGAGGGGCACCGGGGGGGCGGUGCACACCGUACCGGGCGUGUCUCCCGUUACCAUGGAGCUCAUCCUGAGCUACGUCUACACGGGCCGGGUGGAGGUCACGGCCCAGAACGUGGAGCGGCUCCUGGAGGCGGCCGAUCGGCUGGACGUGGCGGGCGUGGUCCGGCUCUGCUGCCGCUUCCUGGAGGCUCAGCUCGGCGUCCACAACUGCGUGGGCAUCCGCAGGUACGCAGAAGUGUACUCGUGCGGCGAGCUGCGUGACCGCGCCCACGCCUACGUCCUGCAGAACUUCGAGGAGAUCGUCCGAGGUCCCACCGAGGAAUUCCUGGAGAUGAGCCUGGCAGAGCUCAGCAGCAUCCUGGACCAGGACCAGCUGAACGCCAGGCGAGAGGAGACGGUGUUCGAGGCGGCGAUGAGGUGGAUCGGACACGCCCCGGAUCGGCGCUCGCAGUACGUGGUGUCGCUGCUGCCGAAGGUGCGACUGGGCCUGAUGAGUCCCGAGUACUUCCUGACCCAGGUGAGGACAUGCCCGCUGCUCAGCGGGUACCAGCAGUGCAGAUCCAUCAUCGCCCGCACCCUGAAGGUCAUCUCGGACAUCGACGUGACCGGACUGACCGACGCCGCGCUCCAGCUUCCCCUGUGUCGCCCGCGGCUCCCACACUCUCUCCUGUUCACCGUCGGCGGCUGGAGCGAAGGAAGCCCGACCGACGCCAUAGAGGCGUACGACCCGCGGGCGGGGCGCUGGAGGCGGGUCUUCUGCUCGGAAGGAGCUCCGCGAGCCUAUCACGGCUCGGCGUACCUGGACGGAUUCCUCUACGUCAUCGGAGGCUUCGACGCCGUCGAUUACUUCAACACCGUACGCAAGUUCCACCCGGUCGCCCGGACCUGGCACGAGGUGGCACCCAUGCACUCCCACCGCUGCUACGUUAGCGUCGCCCUGCUGGACGGCUACAUCUACGCCAUGGGAGGCUUCGACGGCGUCACCAGACUCGACACGGCCGAGCGCUACAAGCCCGAGACCAACCAGUGGAGCCUCGUGGCGCCCAUGCACGAGCAGCGUAGUGACGCCAGCGCCGCCACCUUAAACGGAAAGAUCUACGUCUGCGGCGGCUUCGACGGUAACGAGGUCCUGUCCACCGCCGAGUGUUUCGACCCACGGAGCGGGCAGUGGACCCUGAUCGCCCCCAUGAGCUCGCGCAGGAGCGGCGUGGGCGUGGUCGCUCUCAAUAACAGACUGUUUGCGGUGGGCGGUUUCGACGGAGUCAGACGGCUGCGCAGCGUGGAGGUCUACGCCCCUCAGUCCGACUCGUGGAGGAACGCGUCCUCCAUGUUCCACCAGCGGAGCAACUUCGGCGUGGCCGUGCUGGACGAGCGCCUGUACGCGGUCGGAGGCUUCGACGGCCGCGGCGUCACCGCCAAGUCCGAGCGCUACGACGAGAGCGGCGACGACUGGUUCGACGUUCAGGACAUUAGCGUCAGACGCAGCGCGGCGAGCUGCUGCGUCGUCUCGGCUCUUCCCAACGUCACCGACUACACCCUCCACCGGGGGCGUCCGGACGCCUCCUGAUUUUAGGAAGAGAACCUUUAAGUUCCAGAUUUACUCUGUGAGGAAAUAAAUACUGCAAACUGAA